AUGAAACUAUUUGCUGGGCUCUGUGCUAAAAUUUUCUCAGGCUUUGUUUUUCUGUUGGGCUUGUCCCAAGCAAAAAGCCGUUUCGCUGACAUUUGUGGACGACCUUUGGUUGAGCCGACUCUUUGGCCAAAAUACAUUGGAAACGCUGCUCCCCUUCGCCAAAAGCGUUUCAUCAGCAACGGAAACGAUGCCAGCGAUGGAUCUUUUCCAUAUUUUGCUCGCGUCAUUCCAAUUCCCGGAGACAUUUAUGGCUGUGGGGCUGGGAUCAUUUCGGAUCAAUGGGUGAUCACCGCAGAUCAUUGUGUCGAUGAAAAUAGCACUCGCUUUGUCUACACGGGAAUCCAUGAAUGGAACAAACAUACAGAACAAAUGCUAGUCUCGGAAAAGCUUGUUUUUCAUCCAAAUGUGUCUCGAAGUUCUUGGAAAGCCGAAUGGGAUGUUGCUUUGGUCAAGCUCAAUGGAACGAUUGUAUUCAACGACUACGUAAAACCAAUCUGUUUGAGUCGUGAUACAAGCUUUUUAACUAAAGAUUACCCAGUCAUGCUUCCCGGACUUGGCUACGAUGCCGACAAAAAGAUUCCAUCCGUCACUCAAGAAGCACUCUUGUAUUUCGCUGAACUUAUCGACCAUAAAGUUGAAGCGGCCAAUAUUGAACAGGGGAAUGCACGGGAGGGUGAUUCGGGCAGUCCAAUGUACUCGAAACACAAUGGACUCUGGUAUCAGGUGGCUGUUUUUGCAGGAGGUGGCCAAGCAAGCGCGGCUGGGACCUCGAUUUCUGCUGUUUGUGAUUGGAUCAAUGAUGUGACUGGAGAGGAGUUAUGUACU